AAAGUUUUUGUGGUUUUGUAGAUAAUUCAUGACUGUGUUCUCUAAAAGCACGCACAAUACUAAAGAAAAUGAACAGUGAAUGUGAAAGCGAUCUUUCCAACUUGUAAAAGAUUGAAUUUUAUAUUGGAAAAACACUAGUUUUUCACCAACAUCCCCUUUUCCAAUAUGCUUCUGAGAAAGAAAUGGGUAACAAGGAUUCUGCAGGGCGGUUUGUUGCUGAUUCUGGUCAUCACAGCAAUAAUUAACAUCUCGUUUAUAAAGCAGACUCAUCAGAGAAACCUAGAUCAAGCAGAAAAGAAAUCCAAGAAAAGGGAAACCUCAGCUGUCUCAGAGAAAAAAGUCGAGGAGAAACUGCCCGCGGAAAUAUCGCUAAGUGUAACAUCAAGCAAGUCCCUGGUGUUAGUAACAGUCAAUGGGAACACAGUUUAUCAGGAUGAUGAUUUCGAUGUCCACAGAGGAAUCCAUUUAUUGGUCCUAAAUCAAGCCGUAGGACGUAUAAUGGCAAAGCAGGUGUUUGAUACGUACAGCGGGGGAGAAGAUAAGGCUAUGUUAGAUUUCAUCGACCGCAUCUCUAAAAAUAGAAUCUUAGUCUUCACCAUCAAAGACGAGGGGUCAUUUCAGCUGGGAUCUGAAGCCCGGGCAGCCCUGGGUAAGAUGGGCAGCGUGACAGUGGAGAAAUUGACCUUCAGAGAUAUGUGGAUCUUCAUCUGCUACAAAGGAGGUAAGGUGAUCAGUGAGCGCCAUAACAAGGCCGCUACAAUGGGAGUUUGGGGAGACAGAAUUACCGUCAACGAGGUCGUUAAACUGAUGCCCUUACAAGAUGCUAAUUGUCCCUGGACUGAGUCCGAGCCUAAGAGACAGGCAUUCUGUGAGAAGAUGGAGGGGUAUGGUAAAGUCUGUGACUGUCAGCAUCCAGACCCGAUCACAUUCCAUCCUCCCAAGUUGGACAAGGAUAAUUUAGAGAAUGUGGCCAUAACAGUAAUAGCUAGCAACAGGCCCCAGUAUCUAUACAGAAUGCUUGUCAGGCUUUUGUCCACUGCGGGAGUAAGGCCGGAAAUGAUUACAGUUUUCAUCGAUGGAUUUUUUGAGGAGCCCCUGGAGGUGACGAGACUGCUGGGACUGAGGGGGAUCCAGCACACACCGCUGGGGAAGAAGAACGCGAGGGUCAGUCAGCACUACAAGGCCAGUCUGACCGCGACCUUCGACCUUCAUCCUUCAGCUCUAUAUACAAUAGUUAUAGAAGAGGACCUGGAUGUAUCCCCAGAUUUCUUUAAUUAUUUUAGUCAGACAAUUCAUCUAAUGGAGAAAGAUGACACUCUCUACUGCAUUUCAGCAUGGAAUGACCAGGGGUACUCUCAUUCCUGUAAGGAGCCCAGCCUUCUCUAUAGGGUGGAGACAAUGCCAGGACUGGGGUGGCUACUCAAGAAGAAACUGUUUAAAACAGAACUGGAGAAACAAUGGCCGUCCCCUGAUAAACAGUGGGACUGGGACAUGUGGAUGAGACUACCCAACAUGAGGAAGGGAAGAGAGUGCAUCAUCCCUGACAUUUCACGGACGUAUCACUUUGGGUCCAAAGGACUCAACAUGAAUCCUUAUUUCCAAGAAGUUUAUUUCAAGAAACAUUCCAUAUUGAAUGAGUCCAAUGUCAUUCUGAAAGAUUUAGACAGGAUGACCUCAGAGAAAUAUGAAGAUUUAAUUAAUGAGAUACUAAAGACAGCGAAAGUUGUAGAUCAUUCCAAAGAUCCUUGUGAUAGCAGCCUCAUUCCAAAAAAUCAGGACACCGUCCAUGUGUUAUACAUACAGAUGCAGCAUCCCACAGACUUCACUACGUGGAAACAACUCGCCAAGUGCUACCACCUCUGGGAUCUUGAUGUUCGAGGUUACCACAAGAGCAUGUGGCGAUUGUAUCUCAAUGGUACACCAGUCAUUAUGGUGGGCGUGCCUAACUCUCCAUAUCAUACACAUAAACCCAGCAACGUGACACCAUUUGUUCUUAAGGAGCCAACAAAGAAGCAGUGAUGAUAACAUCUAGAAAUUGGCUCUUCACAGUCUACAAAUCAGUAACAUACCGGUGUAAUGAAGGGUUAAGUAGGUUGUGUUCCAUAGAGUGCCUAGCUGUGUGGGCGUAUCAAGCAUUACUUUAAGCAUGUGUCCUACAAGUCAUAGCUAUACACGUGUCCUAGAAUAUGUAAAUGAUGAUUUAGUGCUGCCACACCUCUUUUUGUUGAGGCUUUAGUUUGUCAUAUAUUUCAUAAAUACUCCUUGUGGUAUUAAUUGAUUAUUUUUACACUAGUACUUAUUAGUGUAACAAGAUUUCUGCCCUAUUUA